AUGGCAUUCUCUGCUGGUGAUUGGAUGGCGCAGAUUCGUCGAUGCUUUGGCACAUCUCAACAGUGCUCUGAGUGCUAUCACCCUAGUGGGAUGUCCAAGGUCAGCUUGGACAACAGGCUGCUUGUGGCUAACAAUAUCACCACCAGAUUUGACAUGUAUAAGAUACCUUCUGGUCUGCAUUGGCUUAGUGUGCGGGCACCCAGCAAGAGACCAGAUAUGAUAUUGCCUGUACUUAUCCAUGAUGGUCCCUGUUUGCUCUGUGCAUCAGAUGGUGAACAUAUCCAGACACUCCGGAUGCGAGAUAGAGUUCCUGUUCAAGCACUAAGUAGAUCUGCAAAGAUUUUCAGUCCUCCUACCAGAAAUGCAUACAUGAUUGCAGCUGCUACAAGCAUCGCUGGGGCAAUGAAUGAUGUUCAAAUUUGGUAUAUGAUAGAUGUAGAUGUGGAUGUGAAAUUUGAGCAGCUGAGAGAUAAUGAUAGAGGAUGA